AUGGAAGACCUGCCAGUGCUCGCUUACUUGGACAGGCAUCUAAUCUACCCAGUCUUGGACUUCCUGCAGCAAACCGGAACUUACACCGAAGCUGAAAUCACGCAAGCGAAAUAUGACUUGCUAAAGGACACCAAUAUGCCCGGGCACUGUGCUGAGCUAUACAAGCAGAUUCACAAAACGGAUGAGGCCCCUCAAGAGUUCGCCGAAAAAGAGGAAGCUAUUGGACAGCAGCUCAACGUGUUGGAAUCGGAAAGCAAGAAAGUUUUGGAGGUCCUUGAAAAUCCAGAGGUCGCCACAGCACUGCGCCAGGACAAGGCUCAGAACAUGACCUUUCUACGCGACAAUCACGAUAUCUCGAUUGAACAAAUUAACGUGCUAUACAAGCUUGGCCAAUUUGACUACAAUCGUGGCAAUUACGUCGGUGCUGUGGAUCACUUGUACCACUUUCGCGUAUUGAGCACGGACCAGAAGCUCGUGACUUCUGCAACAUGGGGUAAACUCGCUUCAGAAAUCUUGACCGCAAAUUGGGAAGAUGCGCUUUCCGAAUUGACGAAAUUGCGGGAGUACAUUGAUGGCGAGAACGAUGAUCCGAUAGCGCAGUUGCGCAGCAGAACGUGGCUUUUGCACUGGGCCCUGUUUCCGCUGCACAAUGCAGAAAGUCCGAAGCAUAAUGAGCUUCAGGAGCUUUUCUUUACUCCUGCAUACAUGAAUGCGCUACAGACCUCUGCGCCUCACCUGCUCAGAUACUUGACGGUUGCUGUCAUUGCUGCCGGCAGCCCUAAAGCUGGCAACUACAAUCGUCGUCUGCGCGAUUUGAUCCGCGCCCUUGAGGCUGAGAAGGUCUAUUCUGAUCCAUUUACGAAAUUCGCACUUGCAUUGUAUUCCAAGUACGACUUUGAGGGUGCAAGUAACCUUCUGAACCAACUGGGGCAGAUUGCUGCGAGUGACUAUUUUUUGAGUUCUUCUGCAGAAGCAGUGACGAGCUCAUUCACUGUCGCCUUCAUCGAAGCGUAUUUCCGUUUGCACAAGACUGCCGAUCUCACAACAUUGACACGCCUCACUCAUCUCACUGAGGAAGCCCUGGUCAGCAUAAUCAACUCAAGUUUGGAACAUCUCAAUGCAGACAUCGACACAGAAGAUGGCUUCAUUGAGAUCAUCCGCGACGUAUCAGGGGCACAGCACCUUCACGAUGUUAUUCAAAGGACCAAGAAUUUGGUCGAGAGGACUGGAACUUUACAAUACGCUAUGCAUAAAAAGCUUGCGGCAUAG